AUGCCAAUAUCUUAUAAACUGAGAGGAAGUCUCCAGUAUUCGUCACCGGAGACAGUGGUUGAUAAAGGGCUACAACAAGAGCCUCCCUCUGAUGUUUGGGCUCUUGGGUUGAUUGUGUUUGAGAUGUUAACUGGGAAGUCUGUGUGGGAUGGGAAACAAGAUUCAGAAGUUGAGGACAUUCUCUCUGAGAUUGGUGAAGGGCAUGGAGUGCUCAAACUACCUGCUCAGAUGCUCUUGGAUCUCUCUUUUGUGGCCGGAUUGGGCAAGGAUAGCGGAGAGGAUGAAGAAGAAUUAUCUGUGGAGGAUUCUGAGGAGAAGGAUUGCUCGCCAUCGUUGUCAUACUACGAGACUGAUGAUGAACUCAGUUCAUAUGCCUUCCCAGAUUAUUGGAACUUUAGGGUGAUCAAAAAACCAAACGUGGAUGGAGUGGCAGCUAGGGUUUGCUUGUCCUCAUCAUAUGAUGCAGUAGAUGACGCUGGCCUCAGUUCUUUCUUUUCGGAUCGUUGGAGCAACAUGCCAUUGGAGGCUGAGGAAUUGGAGGAAAUUGCAGAGCCUGGGAGCGUUUAUUUGACAUUGUCAGUACAUUAUUAG